GGGCGAAUAGUAUCAGCUGCCUGCCCGUCCAGUAAGUGAUCCCGGGCACGUCUAGUACUUUCUUAUCCUUAUCGGUCCAUCUAUUAUAUUCGGUGCCCCCCUUGCGGUCUUGCGCGGACUCCGGUCAAACACCUUCGGAGUUGCUCCUUUGCUCUAAACUUUUGCUUUCUCUGAACGCGCCGUGUAGUCCUUUUACCACUUUUCUUCACUGGAAUCGCUUUCACCCUCAUAUCCAAGUUCCUCCAUCAGACAACAAGCACGAACCCCUCUGCUCUACCAAGUAGACAUCAUGAUCGCUGCUGACAACUCCUAUUUCAACGGCAAGGAGCUCCCUCAAGGGGAUUCUCCUGACCUGGUGCUGGUUCCUGCCACCCCCGGGGAGCGGAUCGAGUCCAUCCGUCUCAACAGCAGAGCAUGGAAGGGCCGUCUGGACCUUGAGACGUAUAUCACGCGCGAGAAUCAUCUGUAUCAGCAACGGCUGAAUAAGGAUGGCUUGACCUGUUGGAUCUUGGUUGAUCGCAAAGAGCCGGAAGAGCAUAGAACGAUCCUCGGUUCUUGCGAAACAUACCGAAAGAAAGCCAUGUUGGCACAUGACGGUAUUGUGGAGGACGUCGCAACUCAUGGCAUUGGAAGUGUCUAUUGCCGGCCAGACUUCAGAGGCAAAGGAUACGCCAAGCGAAUGAUGCAGGAGCUGAGCAAGAAGAUCGAGACCUGGAAGAUGGAGACAGAAACUCGAAAGAGUUGCCUUUUUACAGUUCUCUUCUCUGAUAUCGGAAAGGACUUUUAUGCUCAAUUUGGUUGGCAGCCAUACACGUCAUGCCAUUUUGCCUUGUCGCCCAUUUCCGAGGAAGUUUAUGCCUCUGCCAAUGCCCAGGCCAACCUCCCGAAAACAAGGAUUUUGGCACCGGAGGACGUUCACGAGAGCAUAUGUAGUGGGGAGGUUUUGCAAAAGGAGCGUGAACUGUUGAGAGCUGCCUCUCAAAAGUCAUCAGUGCCCAGGAUUGCGAUUGCGCCGAACUUCGAACACUUCGAAUGGCAUUGGGCAAGAGAAGAGUUCUAUGCGGAGAGGAUUCAUCCCGACCGAGAAUUACCUCGCGCAAAGGGUGCUGGAGAAGACAGUGCCGGGGUGUACUGUGCCUGGAACAGGAACUUUGGUGAAACGCCCGAGGAGAAUACCUUGUACAUCCUCCGGUGGGUGUACGAUGAGCCAACCUCACCAGAGCAAAGCGAGAAGAUCGUGAAAGCCAUGGCGGCGGUCCUGCGACGUGCUCAGCUCGAAGCGUGCAGAUGGAACAUGGCAACAGUUGAGUUCUGGAACCCAACGCCGCUAUUGAAAAAAGCAGUUGCCUUGCUGGACCCCAAGGCUGAAGUAGUCCACCGGGAGAAGAGCAGCAUUGCGUGCCUGAGAUGGACUGGUGCCGAGCACGGCUUGGGUGCAAACGUGGAAUGGCACUUGAACGAGAAAUACGCCUGGUGCUGAGAGACACCUGCUUCCACCCUGAUUAACUUCAUAAUGCCUCUAGAAUUAGAGCCUCAACGCUUCUGUCGCUUCUGGUUCUUGAACAAUUCAUGCCAGUUUCUUGUCUUUUUCGCAGCGGUAGACGCACUAGCAUCUGUCGAGAGAUUCUUCUUUAGUUUCUGCCGAUCCUCAUCACUGACAAAGCAGACAGUCGUUGGAUCAGGGAAUCUAUGCUUAUCCUC